AUGAGCUUGGGUCGACCUUUUUCCCAUUUCCGAAGAAACAUCUGCUCUUCAUCAAUUCUCAAAGCGAGAAGGUCCAUGAAACCCACUCCUUUGCCCUUCCCUCAUAACACCUUCAGAGGAGAGGAUACAGAUUUGGAGGCGGGCACACUCCACUUCGAUGUGGAGCGGUCUUCUUUCGCAGAUAACGAUCUUCCUCGGCGCCUGCGUUUGGCCUCCGAUGUUAAUGUUAAAUCCUUGAUUUUGUCUUCCAAACUGUUCAAUUUCGUUGCUGCGGAUUGGGAUGAACUACCGACGGAGUUGCAGAACGCCUUACAGCAUGUCAUCCGCCACCCUACCUUGGAAAAGCUCGCCAUCUCAAAUUUCAAGAACUUACCAGUCUCUUUACUAAGUGCCGCCAGCUUCUCAACGCUAUCCAUACACCACGCCAAAUUCCGUAGAAGCAAGUUCCGCGAGCGCAAAAACACUCCCUCUGAUAUCGUAACUUGCAUCAAGUCCUUCGACUUUCGCCUUACCCCUCUUUCCAGCAUUCGGGCCCUCGUACGCGACAGAAUCUCCACGGAUUCCCUCGCCAUAGACUUUUCAAGUCUACAUUCACUCACUGGCAUGAAACUGCACCUUGCGGAUGAGAUUGCCGCAUUCAAAGAAGUGGUGAAGGUCUCACCAAACUUGAAAAUUCUUCAUUGUGAAGUCAAAGGAGAGGUCCCCUCGUCUUUGGCGGCGUGCCGCUCAUUGAAAACCUUGGUAUUACUCUUCCACAUUGAGGACGAAUUACAGGAUCCACUGCUUAGUCUUCCAGAUGUGCUAUCCGAGAUGUCGGGAGACAACGUACUUGUUGAAGAACUAUUAAUGAACGUUCACGUCCUGGACCAUCGAUCUUGCCGAACCGAUGCGAUGUGGUGGAGACUUGAUGAUAUCCUAUCACAGUCCGCCUUUCAUUCCCUUCGCCGUGUAUCCCUCAAAAUCAUUGUUUGGGUUGACGAUGAUUUAGGUUUCUCCGCUGAGGAACUUGAGGAAAAACGUCAGCGGGAGGCAUUGAAAGAGGAGCUAGAGAAAAUUGGACCUUCACAAUUCACCUGGCUUUCGAGUAAUGUGAAGUUUGAAUUCUCUGUGUCAGCAGUUACAUAUCUCCAGAGCGAGACCGACCCAGAAAUACGAAGAUACUUGCAGUCAGAUAUUUUGUGA